ACACACUGCAAACGAGGUGGCAUCUUAUUGCUAGACUGGGUCUCGACUCGGCACGGCACUGGGAGUCCUCAGCCAAGGCAGACGCUACCAGCAAUCUGAAAAUUAAGAUGCCGCCGGCGAAGAGGGGCAAGGCAAAGGUUGAGAAGAGUGAACCAUCUCAGUCGGCAAAAGCUAACAGUUGGCCCUCUUGUAUUCGAUCCAUGACUCCUUCUUCCGUUGCUAUUACCAUCCACGCCAAGCCCGGUUCCAAAACUGCUUCCGUAACAGAUAUCAGUGAUGAAGCUGUCGGAGUGCAAAUUGACGCACCGGCAAGGGAUGGAGAAGCAAAUGCCGCCCUUCUUGAUUACAUGAGCUCCGUUUUAGGAGUAAAACGAAGGCAAGUAUCAAUAGGUACUGGUUCCAAGUCUAGAGAUAAGACCGUAAUUGUGGAGGAUGUUGCUGUGCAAUAUGUUUUUGAUGCUUUAGAUAAAGUCUCAAAGGACCAGCGAUGAGCAAAAUACGGUCAUUGUCGGUGAACACAUGAUAUGUGCUGUUGCUUGAUUACCAUAUACCACAGCCAGAAGUAAAGCCAUAUUCUGGGAUCAUUGGACAUGUAUUGUUGCUUGAUUACCAUAUACCAUACACGAGUGAGCCAGAUUCCGGUCUCGUUUGAUUUCCUGCAGAAGUUGAAGGAAGGAGAGUUGGAAGUGUGUGUUUUCACUCACUUUGUGUUGGAUUUUGAUUCUGAUUCUGAUAUAGGUUCGAAAUGGUGUGUGUUUAUACUGACGUUGCUAUCAUUAGAUGUGAAAACAUGUCCUUGAAAUAAAGGCCAUGUUGGUCAAAGUAUGAAUUCACUGACAUGAGGAAAUUUUUCUUGUAGUAGAUAUCUGUGUGUGAGGGUGCUGCAUUGGGGAUUAUUUAUUUUGAUCUUCCAAGUUUGCAAUAGGCUUAUCUA